AUGGUUCGCAAUAUCGUCGUGCUCGGUGGCAAUUCGCACCCUCAACUCGUCGAGAACAUUUGCAAUAUUCUCGGCAUCCCUGCUAGCAAUCGCAUUCUGACCAAGUUCUCGGGCGGCGAGACAAGGUGUGAAAUCCAAGACAGUGUUCGUGGAAAAGAUGUAUACAUCAUCCAAACCGGCUCGGGGAAUGUCAAUGACCACCUCAUCGAGCUCUGUAUUAUGAUAUCCGCCUGCAAGAUCGGCUCCGCCAAGAAGAUCACAGCCGUCAUUCCGCUAUUUCCUUACUCUAGGCAGCCCGAUGUGCCUUACAAGAAGGCCGGCGCCCCUCUUUCCAAGCUGUCCCGCAACGACACUUUUGAUAGUGUCCCCCCGACUCCCGGCCCUAGCGCGUCUAGAACUCCUCCGGAAUUCAACCACAAGGCCAUCAACGGCGUUGACGGUCUUAGUCAAAAGCUCUCUAACGCCAAGCUGGCCGAGAUUCAGAACGGCGUCGACGAAAAGGAGCCUGCUACCAACGGCGCUGUCACCAAGACCGAACGCCCCACGACCCCUGCCCAGAAUGGCAUGACCAAUGGCUAUGUGAACGGCAAUGGCUCCUACACCAGCAACAAUACCGGCGCCAACACCCCGUUCCGGUACACCACCCACGACUACGAGAACCAGAACAACAUCAACGGCUUCCAGCCACGACCCGGCUAUAAGCAAUGGAUUGCUCAAGCCGGCACUUUGGUUGCCGACCUCUUGACUUGCUCUGGUGCCGACCAUGUCAUCUCCAUGGAACUUCACGAUCCUCAAUAUCAGGGCUUCCUCGACUGUCCUUUCGACAACCUGUAUGGCAAGCCCACAUUGCAGAGAUACAUCAAGGAGUCCAUCCCCGAGUGGAGGGAAGCAGUUAUUGUUAGUCCCGACGCUGGAGGUGCAAAGAGAGCCACGGCCAUUGCCGAUGCUUUGUGCUUGGACUUCUCGCUCAUCCAUAAGGAACGACGACCUACGAAGUUUAGCGAGCAUCGAAACUCGACUAUGAUGUUGGUAGGAGACGUCAAGAACAGAGUUUGCAUCUUGGUCGACGAUAUCGUCGACACUGCGAACACCAUUACGCGGGCCGCUAAGCUCUUGAAGAAGGAGGGAGCUCUGAAGAUCUACGCCCUGCUCACUCACGGUGUUAUGAGCGGAGACGCCAUUGCCCGUAUCAACCGUUCACCCAUCGACAAGAUGGUUGUGACUAACUCGGUGCCCCAAGACGAGCACCGCCGGUUGUGCCCCAAGUUGGAGGUGCUUGAUAUUUCCCCCAUCUUGGCCGAAGCUAUCCGACGGUCUCACCAUGGAGAGUCAAUAAGCGUGCUCUUCCAGUACUGA